UAGCUCACUUGUUAGCCUCCCUGGCGACCCUUUACUCCUUCCGUCAACGCUUCUUUCUGUUGAGCCCCUUUAUCUUCCUCUCCCUUCUCCCUGGGCUGGUGGAACUAUUGCUAGAAGAGCUGGAGCAUGGAAGCACUGCAGGGGUCCUGUGGUGACAGGUGUCCUGGAUCCUCCUUACUAACUCAGUACUGUCAUUGGAGAACAAUGCUGGGCCUCGAAGUAGAGGAAAAACUACGGUGGAUGAUGAAGAUAGCAUGGACGGGCUGGAGACAACAGAAGCAGAAAAUAUCGUGGAAACAGCAGAAGUCAAAGAACAGUCUGCAGAAGAGGAUGCUGAAGCAGAAGUGGAUAGCAGCAAGCAGCCAGCCUCAGCUCUUCAGCGAUCCAUGUCUGAGGACUCUGCAAAUUCCCUCGUCUCUGUUGGUGUAGAAGCCAAAAUCAGUGAACAACUCUGUGCUUUUUGUUAUUGUGGGGAAAAAAGUUCCUUAGGACAAGGAGAUUUAAAGCAAUUCAGAGUAACACCUGGAUUUAUCUUGCCAUGGAAAAACCAGACUUCCAACAGGGACAUUGAUGACAACAGCAGUGGGACCUAUGAGAAAAUACAAAAUUCAGCUCCACGUCGACAGAGAGGACCGAGAAAAGAGCGAUCUUCUCCUCAGAGUACAGUGUCUUGUGUAAGUGUAAGCACCCAGACAGCUUCAGAUGAUCAGGCCGGUAAAUUGUGGGAUGAACUCAGUCUGGUUGGCCUUCCAGAUGCCAUUGAUGUCCAAGCCUUAUUUGAUCCUACAGGCACUUGUUGGGCUCAUCGUCGUUGUGUGGAGUGGUCCCUGGGAGUGUGCCAGGUGGAAGAACCAUUGUUAGUGAAUGUGGACAAAGCUGUUGUCUCAGGGAGCACAGAACGAUGUGCAUUUUGUAAGCACCUUGGAGCCAGUAUCAAAUGCUGUGAAGAGAAAUGUACCCAGAUGUACCAUUAUCCCUGUGCUGCAGGAGCCGGCACCUUUCAGGACUUCAGCCACUUUUUCCUUCUUUGUCCAGAACACAUUGACCAAGCUCCUGAAAGAUCAAAGGAAGAUGCAAACUGUGCAGUGUGCGACAGCCCGGGAGACCUCUUAGAUCAGUUCUUUUGUACCACUUGUGGUCAGCACUAUCAUGGAAUGUGCCUGGAUAUAGCGGUUACUCCAUUAAAACGGGCAGGUUGGCAAUGUCCUGAGUGCAAAGUGUGCCAGAACUGCAAACAAUCGGGAGAAGAUAGCAAGAUGCUAGUGUGUGAUACGUGUGACAAAGGGUAUCAUACUUUUUGUCUUCAACCAGUUAUGAAAUCAGUACCAACCAAUGGCUGGAAAUGCAAAAAUUGCAGAAUAUGUGUAGAGUGUGGCACACGAUCUAGUUCUCAGUGGCAUCACAAUUGCCUGAUAUGUGACACUUGUUACCAACAGCAGGAUAAUUUAUGUCCUUUUUGUGGAAAGUGCUACAAUCCAGAAUUGCAGAAAGACAUGCUCCAUUGUAAUAUAUGCAAGAGAUGGGUUCACUUAGAAUGUGACAAGCCAACAGAACAUGAACUGGACUCUCAGCUCAAAGAAGAGUAUAUCUGCAUGUAUUGUAAACACUUAGAAGCUGAGAUGGAUCCCUUACAGCCAGGAGAUGGAGUAGAGAUGGCAGAACUCACUUCAGAUUAUAACAAUGAAAUGGAAAUCGAAGGGUCCGAAGAUCACCAGAUGGUAUUUCUGGAGCAAGCAGUUGAUAAAGAUAUCACUGAUCAGGAAUCCACACCUGGAAUUGUUCCAGAUGUUCAAGUCCACACUGAAGAGCAGCAGAAAAAUAAUCCUCCAGAAAGUCUUGAUACAGAUGAUCUUCUCAUUUCGGAGUCAUCCCACAAUAAAAUGAAUGCUGAAUUGGAAAAUGAGAUUUCUUAUGAAAUUGGUGGUGAAAAAUUGGAAAUGCCAUCCAAAGUGAUGCAUAUUCAAGAUGAAGAUCAAAGUGAAGAAAAAAUGGAAGUGACAGAAAACAGUGAAGUUCUCCCACACCAGACCAUUGUACAGCAAAAGGAGCUGCCAUUGUUAGAGGAAUCUAAGAUGGUGGAGUCCAAAGAAGAACCAAGGCUUCCAAACUCAGUCAUUGAAUCUAUCACCGGUCCACGAGAAGCUUUAGUGUCCUCAAGCGAGGAAAGUACUUCAUUGAAUUCUAAGGAACAGUUGGUUAUAGAAAGGUUACAAGAAAAAAUAGAACAGAAAGAAAAUCCUGAAUUUACCCCUGGGUUUAUGGACUUUGAAAUGACUCCUGCAGUGGAGAGUUGUAUCAGAGAGGGUUCAUGUCAAGGUGACAAAUCUGUGAAGUUAUCAACUGAGACUGUGGCAGCAUUUUCAUCAUCAGCAGGAACAAGCAAGGCAAGCUUGUCUUCCUCUCCAGCCCUUGCUUCAGACUUGCCUUCUCAUGCCAUGCUGCAUGGGUACCCACCGACCCUCAGUUCCUCCGCUGGAAAUAUCAUGCCAACAACGUACAUCUCGGUCACUCCCAAAAUUGGCAUGGGUAAACCAGCUAUUACCAAAAGAAAGUUUUCUCCUGGUAGACCCAGAUCCAAACAGGGGGCUUGGAGUACCCAUAAUACAGUGAGCCCACCUUCCUGGUCCCCAGACAUUUCAGAAGGUCGGGAAAUUUUUAAACCCAGGCAGCUUCCUGGCAGUGCCAUUUGGAGCAUCAAAGUGGGCCGGGGCUCUGGAUUCCCAGGCAAGCGGAGGCCUCGAGGUGCAGGCCUGUCAGGACGAGGUGGCAGAGGCAGGUCCAAAUUAAAAGGUGGACUCGGAGCUGUUGUUCUACCUGGGGUGUCUACUGCAGAUAUUUCAUCAAAUAAGGAUGAAGAAGAAAACUCUAUGCACAAUACAGUUGUGUUGUUUUCUAGUAGUGACAAGUUCACUUUGCAUCAGGAUAUGUGUGUGGUUUGUGGCAGUUUUGGUCAAGGAGCAGAAGGACGACUACUUGCUUGUUCUCAAUGUGGUCAGUGUUAUCAUCCAUACUGUGUCAGUAUUAAGAUCACUAAAGUGGUUCUCAGCAAAGGCUGGAGGUGUCUGGAAUGUACUGUGUGUGAGGCCUGUGGGAAGGCGACUGACCCAGGAAGACUCCUGCUGUGUGAUGACUGUGACAUAAGUUACCAUACCUACUGCCUGGACCCACCUUUGCAAACAGUUCCUAAAGGAGGCUGGAAGUGCAAAUGGUGUGUUUGGUGCAGACACUGUGGAGCUACAUCUGCAGGUCUGAGAUGUGAAUGGCAGAACAAUUACACACAGUGUGCCCCCUGUGCCAGCUUGUCUUCCUGCCCAGUCUGCUAUCGAAACUACAGAGAAGAAGACCUUAUUCUGCAGUGCAGACAAUGUGAUAGAUGGAUGCACGCAGUUUGUCAAAACUUAAAUACUGAGGAGGAAGUGGAAAAUGUAGCAGACAUUGGUUUUGAUUGUAGCAUGUGCAGACCCUAUAUGCCUGCGUCAAAUGUGCCUUCCUCAGACUGCUGCGAAUCUUCACUGGUAGCACAAAUUGUCACAAAAGUAAAAGAGCUAGAUCCACCUAAGACCUACACCCAGGAUGGCGUGUGUUUGACUGAAUCAGGGAUGACUCAGUUACAGAGCCUCACAGUUACAGUUCCAAGAAGAAAACGGUCAAAACCAAAAUUGAAAUUGAAGAUUAUAAAUCAGAAUAGUGUGGCUGUUCUUCAGACCCCUCCAGACAUCCAGUCAGAGCAUUCAAGGGAUGGUGAAAUGGAUGAUAGUCGAGAAGGAGAACUUAUGGAUUGUGAUGGAAAAUCAGAAUCUAGUCCUGAGCGAGAAGCUGUGGAUGACGAAGCAAAGGGAGUAGAAGGAACAGAUGGUGUCAAAAAGAGAAAAAGGAAGCCAUACAGACCAGGCAUUGGUGGAUUCAUGGUACGGCAAAGAAGUCGAACUGGGCAAGGAAAAACCAAAAGAUCCGUGAUCAGAAAAGAUUCCUCAGGCUCUAUUUCUGAGCAGUUACCUAGCAGAGAUGAUGGCUGGAGUGAGCAAUUACCAGAUGCCCUACUUGAUGAAUCUGUUUCUGUUGCUGAAAGCACUGAAAAAAUAAAGAAGAGAUACCGAAAAAGGAAAAAUAAGCUUGAAGAAACAUUCCCUGCCUACUUACAAGAAGCUUUCUUUGGAAAAGAUCUUCUGGAUACAAGUAGACAAAACAAGCUGAGUUUAGAUAAUCUAGCAGAAGAUGCAGCUCAGCUUUCCUAUAAAACAAACAUGAACACAGGUUUCUUGGAUCCUUCCUUAGAUCCACUACUUAGUUCAUCCUCAGCUCCAUCAAAACCUGGAACUCAGGGUUCUGCUGAUGACCCUCUAGCUGAUAUCUCUGAAGUCUUAAACACAGACGAUGACAUUCUUGGAAUGAUCUCAGAUGACCUAGCAAAGUCGGUUGAUCGUUCAGGUCUUGAUUUAUGCACUUUCCAGGUUGACAGCUCACCUUUUCCAUUUGAUAUUGGUCCUAUUGCUGAUGAUCCUUCCUCUUUGCCUCAGCCAAGCAUUGGUCAGAGUUCACGACCGUUAAGUGAGGAGCAGCUAGAUGGAAUCCUCAGUCCUGAGCUAGACAAAAUGGUCACAGAUGGUAAAAUAUUUGCCCUACAUCUAGGCUUUCUAAAAGACAUGAGAGCAAUUCUUGGAAAGUUAUAUAAAAUUCCAGAGCUGGGAGGAAAGGAUGUUGAGGACUUGUUCACUGCGGUACUUAGCCCCGUGACCACUCAGCCCCCUCCAUUACCACAGCCUCCCCCUGCACCACAGCUCUUGCCAGUACACAAUCAGGAUGUGUUUUCACGGAUGCCACUCAUGAAUGGCCUUAUUGGACCCAGUCCUCAUCUCCCACACAGUUCUUUGCCUCCUGGAAGUGGAUUGGGAACUUUCUCUGCUAUAGCACAAUCCCCUUAUGCUGAUACCAGGGAUAAAAAUCCAGCAUUUAAUCCAAUAGCAAGUGAUCCUAACAGCUCUUGGACACCAUCAGCUCCCCCUGUGGAGGGAGAAAAUGACACAAUGUCGAAUGCCCAGAGGAGUACACUUAAGUGGGAGAAAGAGGAAGCUCUGGGUGAAAUGGCAACAGUGGCACCAGUUCUCUACACAAAUAUUAACUUCCCCAAUUUAAAGGAAGAAUUCCCUGACUGGACUACUCGAGUGAAGCAAAUUGCUAAGUUGUGGAGAAAAGCAAGCUCUCAGGAGAGAGCUCCAUAUGUGCAAAAAGCCAGAGAUAACAGAGCUGCUUUACGUAUUAAUAAAGUCCAGAUGUCUAAUGAUUCCAUGAAAAGGCAGCAGCAGCAAGAUUGCAUCGAUCCCAGCUCUCGCAUCGAUUCAGAUCUUUUUAAAGAUCCAUUAAAGCAAAGAGAAUCAGAACAUGAACAGGAAUGGAAAUUUAGACAGCAAAUGCGUCAGAAAAGUAAGCAGCAAGCUAAGAUUGAAGCCACACAAAAAUUAGAACAAGUUAAAAAUGAGCAGCAGCAGCAACAGCAGCAGCAACAACAGCAGCAGCAGCAGCAGCAGCAGCAGCAGCAGCUUAGUUCCCAGCACCUUCUGGUGCCAUCUGGGUCUGAUACUCCAAGCAGUGGGGUCCAAAGUCCCUUGACACCUCAGCCUGGCAAUGGAAACAUGUCUCCUGCACAGGCAUUCCAUAAAGACCUGUUCUCAAAACAGCUGCCUGGUAUCCCUGCUUCCACACCUUCAGAUGAUGUGUUUGUCAAGCCGCAAGCUCCACCCCCUCCUCCAGCCCCGUCUCGGGUACCCAUUCAGGAGAGUCUUUCUCAGUCUCAGACUUCUCAGCCACCUUCUCCACAAAUGUUUUCUCCUGGGUCUUCUAGCUCCCGACCACCAUCUCCAUUGGAUCCUUAUGCAAAAAUGGUUGGUACCCCUAGACCCCCUCCUGGGGGACAUAGCUUUCCCAGAAGAAAUUCUGUCACACCGGUGGAAAACUCUGUGCCUUUAUCAUCCGUACCAAGGCCCAUUCAGAUGAGUGAGACCACAGCCAGUAGGCCACCCCCAGCCAGAGAUCUGUGUUCUUCUUCUACAACAAUUAGUGACCCCUAUGCAAAACCUCCAGACACCCCUAGGCCUUUAAUGACAGAUCAGUUUCCCAAACCUUUGGGCCCAUCCCGGUCUCCUGUAGUUUCAGAACAAACUGCAAGAGGUCCUCCAGCAGGUGGAACCAGUGAUCACUUUACUAAACCCUCCCCUAGGGCGGAUACGUUUCAAAGACCACGGGUACCUGACCCGUAUGCACGACCUUUGCUAACACCAACACCACUUGAUAGUGGUCCUGGACCUUUUAAGACUCCACUGCACCCUCCUCCAUCCUCUCAGGAUCCUUAUGGGUCAGUAUCCCAGGCAUCAAGGCGACUGUCUGUCGACCCUUAUGAAAGGCCUGCCUUGACACCAAGACCUGUAGAUAAUUUUUCUCAUAGUCAGUCAAAUGAUCCAUAUAGCCAACCUCCCCUAACUCCACAUCCAGCAGUGAAUGAAUCUUUUCCCCAUUCUUCAAGGGCUUUUUCUCAGCCUGGAACCAUAUCAAGGUCAGCAUCUCAGGACCUGUAUUCCCAGUCCCCAGGAACUCCGCGACCUGUAGAUUCUUAUUCCCAACCCUCAGGAACUGCUCGGUCCAAUGCAGACCCUUAUUCUCAACCUCCUGGAACUCCUCGGCCUACCACCAUUGACCCAUAUACUCAGCAGCCACCAACACCCAGGCCAUCUGCACAGACAGAAGUGUUUGUUACACCUGCAGCUAAUCAAAGGCACUCUGAUCCGUAUGCUCAUCCUCCUGGAACACCAAGACCUGGAAUUUCUGUUCCCUACUCUCAGCCACCAGCAACACCAAGACCAAGGACUUCAGAGGGUUUUACUAGGUCCUCAGGUACAAGACCAGCCCUCAUAUCAAAUCAGGAUCCUUUCCUGCAAGCAGCACAACACAGAGCACCAGCCUUACCUGGCCCUUUGGUAAGGCCACCUGAUACAUGUUCCCAAACACCUAGGCCACCUGGACCUGGCCUUGCAGACUCAUUCAGCCGUGUUUCCCCAUCUGCUGUUCGCGAUCCCUAUGAUCAACCUCCAAUGACUCCAAGGCCUCAGUCUGACUCUUUUGGAACUGGUCAAGUUACUCGUGAUGUUGCUGACCAGCCGGGGCCUGGGUCAGAGGGAAGCUUCAGCACAUCUGUAGACUCUCCCAUGAGUUCCCAAGGCCAGCAGUUUUCUGGUGUCUCCCAGGUUGCUGGACCUGCACCAACUUCGGGGGGAACUGACACACAGAACACUGUAAAUAUGUCUCAAGCAGAUGCAGAGAAGCUGAGACAGCGGCAGAAACUACGUGAAAUCAUCCUGCAGCAGCAGCAGCAAAAGAAGAUUGCUAGUCGACAGGAGAAGGGGCCUCAGGAUGCACCUGGAGUGCCUGCCCCGGUGUCCCUUCCUCACUGGCAACCAGAGAGUAUCAACCAGGCUUUCACUCGGCCUCCACCCCCUUAUCCUGGGAACAUUCGAUCACCUGUUAUCCCUCCUGUCGGACCUAGAUAUGCUAUUUUCCCCAAAGAUCAGCGUGCUCCCUAUCCUCCUGAUGUUCCUGGUAUGGGGAUGAGGCCACAUGGAUUUAGAUUUGGAUUUCCAGGAGGGAGUCAUGGUACGGUAUCCAGUCAGGACCGAUUCCUAGUGCCUCCUUCACAAAUAGCAGGAGCUGGAGUUCCUCCGCAUCUGAGAAGAUCAAUGUCUGUAGAAAUGCCUGGACCUUUAAAUAACUCGCAGAUGAAUAAUCCGGUUGGACUUCCUCAGCAUUUUCCACCACAGAACCUGCCAGUUCAGCAGCAUAAUAUACUGGGCCAGGCAUUUAUUGAAUUGAGGCAUAGGGCCCCAGAUGGAAGACCACGACUGCCCUUCCCUGCUUCUGGCAAUGUUAUAGAGCCACCUUCUCAUCCCAGACAUGGAAACUUCAUUCCUCGUCCAGACUUCCCAGGCCCAAGACACACAGACUCCAUGAGACGACCUCCCCAGGGUCUACCUCAUCAGCUCCCUGUGCAUCCAGAUUUGGAGCCAGUGCCUCCACCUCAGCAGGAACAGGGCCACCCUGCCCAUCCAUCUUCUGUGGUCAUGAGACCUCUGGGUCAUUCCUUGGGUGGAGGGUAUUCUGAGGCUCCCUUGACAGCAACUGUGACAGCUGAAAGAGCACCUGGUAAUGUACAAAUGGCCAGUCGGUCUUCUGAUGGUUUGGAGGAAAAACUUGAUUCUGAUGACCCUUCUGUGAAAGAACUGGAUGUUAAAGACCUUGAGGGGGUUGAAGUCAAAGAUUUGGAUGAUGAAGAUCUUGAAAAUUUAAAUUUAGAUCCAGAGGAUGGCAAAGGAGAUGAAUUGGAUACUUUAGAUAAUUUGGAAACUAAUGAUCCCAACCUGGAUGAUCUCUUAAGGUCAGGAGAGUUUGAUAUCAUUGCAUACACAGAUCCAGAACUUGACCUAGGAGACAAGAAGAGUAUGUUUAAUGAGGAACUAGACCUUAAUGUUCCAAUUGAUGAUAAAUUAGAUAAUCAGUGUGUAUCUGAACCAAAAAAAAAGGAGCAAGAAGACAAAGCUGUGGUUCUUUCUGAUAACCAUUUGCCACAGAAAAAAUCCACUGUUACCAAUGAGAUAAAAACAGAAGUCCUAUCUCCAAAUUCUAAAGAGGAAACCAAAUGUGAAACUGAGCAAAGCGAUGAGGCUAAAGAUGCUCUGGUUACUCCCAGCCCCCAAGCUUCUGCUCACACAGACCUGAAUGAUGGGGAAAAGAAUCCUUUGCCAUCUUCUGAUUCAGACCUACUUGAGAAAAGAAGUAAUCAAGAAACUGCUGGCUCCAGUGCAAGUGUUAUCCAAGGAUCUGCGUCACUGCCAGCUCAAGAUGUGGUGAACUCUUGUGACAUCACUGGAUCAACUCCAGUUCUCUCAAGUUUGCUUGCUCAUGAAAAAUCUGAUAAUUUGGACAUGAGGUCUUUGGGGUCUCCCCCACCAACGCUGCCAGCCUCACCCUCCAGUCGUGUGUCGAGCCUGCCUCCUACUUUAGUGGCACCACCUGGCCCUGUUCUGGAUAAUGCUGUGAAUUCUAAUGUGACUGUGGUCUCCAGGGUGAACCAUGCUUUUCCUCAGGGGGUACAGGUAAAUCCAGGAUUUAUUCCAGGUCAGUCAUCAGUUAACCACAAUUUGGGGACAGGAAAACCUGCAAAUCAGACUGUGCCUCUCACAAGUCAGUCUGGUCCCAGUGGCAUAUCAGGACCCCAGCAGCUUAUGAUUCCUCAAACAUUAGCCCAGCAGAAUAGAGAGAGGCCCCUCCUCCUUGAAGAGCAGCCCCUGCUUCUACAAGAUCUUCUGGAUCAGGAGCGGCAAGAACAGCAGCAGCAAAGACAGAUGCAAGCCAUGAUUCGGCAGCGCUCAGAACCAUUCUUUCCUAAUAUUGAUUUUGAUGCAAUUACAGAUCCUAUAAUGAAAGCCAAAAUGGUGGCCCUCAAAGGCAUAAACAAAGUGAUGGCACAGAGCACUCUAGGCAUGCCACCAAUGGUGAUGAGCAGGUUCCCCUUCAUGGGCCCACCAGUGGCUGGAGCACAGGGCAGUGAAGGACAGAACCUGGUUCCUCAGGCUGUUGCCCAGGAUGGCAGUAUAACACAUCAGAUUUCUAGGCCUAAUCCUCCAAAUUUUGGUCCAGGCUUUGUCAAUGACUCACAACGUAAACAGUAUGAAGAAUGGCUUCAGGAGACCCAGCAGCUUCUUCAGAUGCAGCAGAAGUAUCUUGAAGAACAAAUUGGUGCACAUAGAAAAUCUAAGAAGGCCCUUUCAGCUAAACAGCGCACUGCCAAGAAGGCAGGGCGAGAAUUCCCAGAAGAGGAUGCAGAGCAGCUCAAGCAUGUUACUGAGCAGCAAAGCAUGGUUCAGAAGCAGCUGGAGCAGAUUCGUAAACAACAGAAAGAGCAUGCUGAGUUGAUUGAAGAUUAUCGGAUCAAGCAGCAGCAGCAGCAGCAGUGUGCACUGGGACCCCCCAUCCUAAUGCCUGGUGUCCAGCCCCAACCAACCCUGGUUCCAGGUGCCACUCCACCCACCAUGAGCCAACCUAACUUCCCCAUAGUGCCACAGCAGCUGCAGCACCAGCAGCACACAGCCGUCAUCCCUGGCCACGCUAGCCCUGCUCGAAUGCCCAGUCUACCUGGCUGGCAACCUACCAAUGCUCCUGCUCACCUGCCCCUCAAUCCUCCUCGGAUUCAGCCCCCAAUUGCCCAAAUACCAAUGAAACCUUGCACAUCAGCCCCAGGUACAGUGUCCAAUGCAAACCCACAGAGUGGGCCACCACCACGAGUCGAAUUUGAUGAUAACAACCCUUUCAGUGAAAGUUUUCAAGAACGGGAGCGGAAGGAACGUUUACGAGAACAGCAGGAAAGACAAAGAAUCCAGUUGAUGCAAGAAGUAGACAGACAGAGAGCUUUGCAGCAGAGGAUGGAAAUGGAGCAGCAUGGCCUGAUGGGCACUGAGCUGGCCUGCAGGACAUCUGUGAACCAGGUUCCAUUCUAUGGUUCUGACCGUCCUUGCGAUUUUAUGCAGCCUCCACGACCCCUUCAGCAGUCUCCACAACACCAACAGCAGAUGGGGCAGGUUUUACAGCAGCAGAAUGUACAACACAGAUCUGUUAAUUCACCCCCCACCCAAAAUUUUACUCAAACCAAUGAACGAAGACAGGUGGUACCUCCCUCAUUUGUUCCUGAUUCACCGUCUGUUCCUAGUGGAAGCCCCAGCUUCCAUUCUGUUAAGCAGGGGCAUGGAAGUCUUUCUGGAACCACCUUGCAGCAGUCCCCAUUGAGGCCCCCAUUCACCCCUGCUUUACCAGUAACACCUCCAGUAGCAAACAGCGGCCUCCCCUGUGGCCCAGACCCUACCAUAACCCAUGGACAGAGUUAUCCGGGAUCAACUCAAUCUCUCAUUCAGUUGUACUCUGAUAUAAUCCCAGAAGAAAAAGGGAAGAAGCGCAGAACAAGGAAGAAGAAGAAAGACGAUGAUGCAGAAUCCACCAAAGCACCAUCAACUCCUCACUCAGAUACGACUGCUCCCCCAACACCAGGCAUCUCAGAAACUGCUUCCACUCCCUCGGCAAGCACACCUGGUGAGCGUCCUCAGCAGGGAGAGGAGACAGGGCAACCAGGGGGCCCUUCACCUGCCAGUGUGGCAGCAGCCCAGCCAUGUGCAGAGUUGGAAAACAGACUUCCCAGUAAUGAUUUCUCACAAGGAGCUCCAAACCCACAGACUUAUGCAAAUUCGGAGGUGGAUGAGCUCUCCAUAGAAACCCUUGCCAAAAGUGAAGAAGUGAAACUGGAAAAAGCUGAAUCAGAGCCAUGCCCGGGUCAAGAGGACACUAAAUUGGAGGAGCAAACUGGUAGCAAGGAAGCAGACACUGCAGCUGGUCCUGUCUCCUUGGUGCAGAGUCCUCCCCAUUUGGCUGGAGUCCAUGUUACCAAAGGAGAGUCAGGGAAUGAACUUCUAAAACACUUGUUGAAAAAUAAAAAAUCAUCUUCCCUUUUAAGUCAGAGAUCAGAGAGCAGUUUCUGUUCAGAAGACAACAGUGCAAAGGAUAACAAACUGGUAGACACACAGAACCCAGUGGAAGGAUUGCAAACUUUGGGGGCUCAAAUGCAAGGUGAUUUUGGAUGUGGCAACAACCAGUUGCCAAAAACAGAUGGAGGAAGUGAAAUCAAGAAACAGCGAAGCAAACGGACUCAGAGGACUGGGGAGAAGGCGGCACCUCGCUCAAAGAAAAGGAAAAAGGAUGAAGAGGAGAAGCAGACCAUGUACUCCAACUCCGACUCCUUCACCCAUCUGAAACAGCAGCUCUCUCUGCUCCCUCUAAUGGAACCGAUCAUUGGAGUGAACUUUGCGCACUUUCUUCCUUAUGGCAGUGGCCAAUUUAAUAGUGGGAAUCGACUUCUAGGAACUUUUGGCAGUGCCACCCUUGAAGGGGUUUCGGACUACUAUUCUCAGUUGAUCUACAAGCAGAAUAAUUUAAGUAAUCCUCCAACACCCCCUGCCUCUCUUCCUCCUACACCACCUCCUAUGGCUUGUCAGAAGAUGGCAAAUGGUUUUGCAACAACUGAAGAACUUGCUGGAAAAGCUGGAGUGUUGGUGAGCCAUGAAGUUACCAAAGCUCUAGGACCAAAGCCGUUUCCACUGCCCUUCCGGCCCCAGGACGACUUGCUGGCCAGAGCUCUUGCUCAAGGCCCAAAGACAGUCGAUGUUCCAGCAUCUCUCCCAACACCACCUCACAAUAAUCAGGAAGAAUUAAGGAUACAGGAUCACUGUGGUGAUCGGGACACUCCUGAGAGCUUCGUUCCCUCGUCCUCUCCUGAGAGUGUGGUUGGAGUGGAAGUGAGCAGGUAUCCAGAUCUGUCAUUGGUCAAGGAGGAGCCUCCAGAGCCAGUGCCAUCCCCCAUCAUUCCGAUUCUUCCUAGCACAACUGUGAAAAGUUCAGAAUCAAGAAGGAAUGACAUCAAAACUGAGCCAGGCACUUUAUUUUUUACAUCACCUUUUGGUUCAUCCCCAAAUGGUCCCAGAUCCGGUCUCAUAUCUGUAGCAAUUACCCUGCAUCCUACAGCUGCUGAGAACAUUAGCAGUGUUGUGGCUGCGUUUUCCGACCUUCUUCACGUCCGAAUUCCUAACAGCUAUGAGGUUAGUAAUGCUCCAGAUGUUCCAUCCAUGGGUUUGGUCAAUAGCCACAGAAUAAACCCAGGUUUGGAGUAUCGACAGCAUUUACUUCUUCGUGGGCCUCCACCAGGAUCUGCACACCCUCCCAGAUUAGCCAGCUCUUACCGGCUGAAGCAGCCUAAUGUACCAUUUCCUCCAACAAGCAAUGGUCUGUCUGGAUAUAAAGACUCUGGUCAUGGUAUUGCAGAAAGCACAGCACUCAGACCACAGUGGUGCUGUCACUGCAAAGUGGUUAUCCUUGGAAGUGGUGUGCGGAAAUCUUUCAAAGACGUGGCCUUCAUGAACAAGGAUUCUCGAGAUAGCACCAAGAGAAUGGAGAAGGACAUCGUCUUUUGUAGUAAUAAUUGCUUUAUUCUUUAUUCAUCAACUGCACAAGCAAAAAACUCAGAAAACAAGGAAUCCACUCCUUCGUUGCCACAGUCACCCACGAGAACGAUGCCAUCCAGAGUGUUUCACCAGUACAGCAACAACAUCUCCACACUGGGUGUGCACUGCCUCCCUCAGCUCCAGGAAGAAACUUCCCCCCCUCCUUCACCGCCCAUCACCUUCCCUCCGGCCUUUGAAGCAGCUAAAGUAGAAGCCAAACCCGAUGAGCUUAAGGUGACAGUCAAGCUGAAACCUCGGCUCAGGACUGUUCAUGGUGGGUUUGAAGACUGUAGGCCACUGAACAAAAAGUGGAGAGGAAUGAAAUGGAAGAAAUGGAGCAUUCAUAUUGUCAUCCCCAAGGGGACAUUUAAACCACCAUGUGAGGAUGAGAUAGAUGAGUUUCUGAAGGAAUUAGGCACUUCUCUUAAACCUGACCCUGUGCCCAGAGACUGUCGGAAGUGUUGCUUCUGCCACGGAGAAGGGGAUGGGCUGACAGACGGGCCUGCGAGGCUGCUCAACCUUGACUUGGACCUGUGGGUCCACUUGAAUUGUGCCCUGUGGUCCACAGAGGUCUAUGAGACGCAGGCUGGUGCCUUAAUAAAUGUGGAGCUAGCUCUGAGGAGAGGCCUACAGAUGAAAUGUGUCUUCUGUCACAAGACAGGCGCCACCAGUGGAUGUCACAGAUUUCGAUGCACCAACAUUUAUCACUUCACAUGCGCCAUUAAAGCACAAUGCAUGUUUUUUAAGGACAAAACUAUGCUUUGCCCCAUGCACAAACCAAAGGGAAUCCAUGAGCAAGAAUUAAGUUACUUUGCAGUCUUCAGGAGGGUCUACGUUCAACGUGACGAGGUGCGGCAGAUUGCCAGCAUCGUGCAGCGGGGGGAGCGGGACCACACCUUUCGUGUUGGGAGCCUCAUCUUCCACACGAUUGGUCAGCUGCUUCCUCAGCAGAUGCAGGCGUUCCACUCGGCUAAGGCUCUCUUCCCCGUGGGCUAUGAGGCCAGCCGCUUGUACUGGAGCACGCGCUAUGCCAACAGGCGUUGCCGCUACCUCUGCUCCAUUGAGGAGAAGGACGGGCGCCCAGAGUUCGUCAUCAGGAUUGUGGAGCAAGGCCAUGAGGACCUCGUCCUGAGUGACACAUCACCGAAAGGUGUCUGGGAUAAGAUCUUGGAGCCUGUGGCCAGUGUGAGGAAGACGUCUGAGAUGCUCCAGCUCUUCCCUGCCUACUUGAAAGGAGAAGACCUGUUUGGCCUGACUGUCUCCGCAGUGGCACGGAUAGCAGAAUCACUACCUGGGGUUGAGGCUUGUGAAAACUACACCUUCCGCUAUGGCCGGAAUCCACUCAUGGAACUCCCCCUUGCCGUUAACCCCACAGGUUGUGCCCGUUCUGAACCUAAAAUGAGUGCCCAUGUCAAGAGGUUUGUGUUAAGGCCGCACACCCUGAACAGCACCAGCACCUCAAAGUCCUUUCAGAGCACGGUUACUGGGGAGCUGAAUGCGCCUUACAGUAAGCAGUUUGUCCACUCCAAGUCAUCGCAGUACCGGAGAAUGAAGACCGAGUGGAAAUCCAAUGUGUAUCUGGCCCGGUCUCGCAUCCAGGGCCUCGGCCUGUAUGCUGCCCGGGACAUAGAGAAGCACACCAUGGUCAUCGAGUACAUCGGGACUAUCAUUCGAAAUGAAGUGGCCAACAGGAAAGAGAAGCUGUACGAGUCCCAGAACCGCGGUGUGUACAUGUUCCGUAUGGACAGUGACCACGUGAUCGACGCAACACUCACUGGAGGGCCUGCAAGAUACAUCAACCAUUCGUGUGCGCCUAAUUGUGUGGCCGAAGUGGUGACUUUUGAGAGAGGACACAAAAUCAUCAUCAGCUCCAAUCGGCGAAUCCAGAAAGGAGAAGAGCUCUGCUAUGACUACAAGUUUGACUUUGAAGACGACCAGCACAAGAUCCCGUGUCACUGUGGAGCGGUAAACUGCCGGAAGUGGAUGAACUGAAUGCAUUCCUUGCCAUCUCAGCGGGCGGCUUGUCCCUAGGAAGAGGCGACUCAACACACCAUUGGAAUUUUGCAGACAGAAAGAUAUUUUUGUUUUCUGUUUUUUAUGACUUUUGAAAAAUAGCUUCUGGGAUUCUGGUUUCCUCGGUCCUUGAGGUUAAGGAGGUGCAGGAGGAAGGGUGAGGGUUGAACAGAGGCACAGAUGGUCCAGCACUUUUGCUUGUUUUUCUUUUUCCUUUCUUUUCCUUCUUCUUUGUUUCCCUGUGGGUGGGUUUUGUUUUGUUUUGUUUUGUUUUUUGUUGUGUUUCCUUAAUCUCACUAAGGAGAAACUUACUGGGGCAAAGAGCCGAUGGCCACCCUGCCCCAGGGCAGGGGCCUCCUAUGAAUGUAAGACUGCAAUCACCAGCCAGGGCGUCCAGAGUGCUGGCCACGCCCCCUGCGGCAGGCCUCUGGUCGAGUGAAGUGGACACCACUGAACAGGAAUGUACUGAGAUGACUUCCUUAGGGAUAGAGCUAAGGGAUAAUAACUUGCACUAAAUACAUUUAAAUACUUGAUUCCAUGAGUCAGUUUAUUGUAGUUUUUGAUUUCUGUAAAAUAAGAGAAACUUUUUGUAUUUAUUAUUGAAUAAGUGAAUGAAGCUAUUUUUAAAUAAAAGUUAGAAGAAAGCCAAGCUGCUGCUGUUCCCUGCAGACUAACGGACCCUGUCACUUUGUACAAACAUGUAAAUAUUUUGAGAAAAAAAAUACAGUAUAAAAAUAGUUAUUGACCAAAUGCUACCAGGCUCUGCAGCAGCUCGGUGCUUAUAAAACGUCAUAGGGAUGUCACAAUAUAAUUUUGUCUUAUUAAAUAUGCCAUUAUAAUUACAUAACAACCAAAAUUUCAACCUGGAGUGUUUGGGCUUUUUUUGAAACUGCGGUCUAUUAAUACUUGUUUUAUACACCUAACUUCUGACUGAACAGAGUGUAUGCUAUGACUACAACUUUUAUAGCGGUUUUGGUAAUUUUAACUUUUUUUCACAUUAUAUUGUUGCAUCCCUACUUCUUCAGUCAGGUUUUUUGUGCUUACGAUUUGUGAUAACUGUGAAUAACUGCUCACAAAUACAUCCAAAUGGAGGCUGGACUUUUUCUUCAGCAAAAGUAGUUUUGAUUAGAAGUUUGUUUCAGAUCACAGAGAAUCAUGUACACAUAAUAGAAUCAUGUAGCAGGAACUUAACCUAACUUUAGCUUUCUAUUUAACACAAAAAUUUGAAAAAGAAAAAAAAGAGAGAGAUGAUCAUGCUCGCAUCUGCAGGACUCCGGCAAUAGGGUUUUUCGAAGAUGUAAUUUUAAAAUGUGUUUGUAUGAACUGUUUACAUUUCUUUAAUAAAAACACACACUGUUUUGUGUUUGCUUGUAGAACCUUAAUCAGCAUUUUGACCCAGGUAGCUUCUUGCUGUGUACCUCGGGUUCUGGUACUGACACUUCACAGCGUGGAGGAUGACGUCUGUGCACAGUCGCGUGGGCUGAGCUGUGCGCGCCAGUGCUGCGGGCCUCACCUGUCAUGUAUAUGGCAUGAUGUAUUUUUAUCUUACAGAAUAAAUCAAUUGUAUAUAUUUUUCUCUUGAUAAAUAGCUGUAUGAAAUUUGUUUCUUGAAUAUUUUUCUUCUAUUGUACAAAAUUCUGACAUCCUACCAGUAUUUGUCCUACCGGGUUUUUGUUGUUUUCUGUUAUGUAUAAUAGUAUCUGAUGUUGGCAAAAAUUGAAUUUUUUGAAGUAUACAGAGUGUUAUGGGUUUUGGAAUUUGUGGACACAGAUUUAGAAGAUCACCAUUUACAAAUAAAAUAUUUUACAUCUAUAA